GUAGUCUUGGAUGACACGUAUAAUGGCUUCGAAGAAGCUACGUAUUCUUCAGGAAAUUUCACAAGGAAUUGGCAGGCAACAUUCAACUCUGUAAGGCAUCGCUCGCCUGCAUUCCUGCUGCCCUACUUGGACCGUUGAGGAAAGCCGAAGCGGCGGUAGCAGCACGACGGCAGCCCCGAUUGGAGCAUUUUCGCGAAAAGUGCAAAUGGAAGAAGAUGAGGAGGAUAGGGUUUUAUUCAGUAGUUUGGGUGUUACAUCUGCAAAUCCUGAAGAUAUUGAGCGCAAUAUAUUCGGACAGACAGAAAAUGGCUUUGAUGCGAGCAAUGAGGCCGCAAGGAGUAUGGAAUUGGAGGCUACUGAACACAAUGCAACAUCGUCCACCAAAAAAACAGAUAUGUAUAAUAAACUUAGAGCCGUGGAAACUGAAAUACAGGCAGUUAAGAGUGGUUUUGAGCAGUUAGAGAACUUCAGAAGAAAUGACGAGCAGGUCCCUGAUAGAGAAGAUGGCCAUGAAAAAAGGGAUAUAGAGACCGAGCAAAGCACUACUCAGGCUCCGCUUAAUGAUUUAGACCUUCAGCGUGCUUUGGCUGCUGAUCGACUAAAAAGCCUAUUAAAAACAAAAGCUCAACUCAAAAAGGAGAUUUCUGAUUUGUCUAAUGAUUCUACGCAUGAUACUCUUUCUGUGCUAAGAGAUAUUGUUAAGGAGCAGCCUAAUGCUGUGCUACGAGAUGUCGUUAAGGGGCAGCCUAAACCCAAACGAAGGCUAAAAGAAGCCAAGAGCCCAAGCAAGAAUAAGAAAAAAAGGAUAAAGACAGCAUCAUUGGAUGAUGAUGAUGAUUUUGAUGCAGUACUGAAUGCAGCAUCUUCUGGAUUUGUUGAAACAGAAAAGGAUCAGUUGGUGAGAAAAGGAAUUUUAACUCCCUUCCACAAACUCAAAGGUUUUGAGCGUCAAAUUCAAGAACCAGGGCAAUCCAGUAGGCACAGUAUGCAAGACAAUGGUGAUCUGGUUUCAACUAGCUUAGCGAAUGCUAUCCAGUCAAUCUCAGAGGCUGCACAAUCUAGACCAACAACAAAGCUGCUUGAUUCUUCAUUAUUACCAAAACUUGAGCCACCUACCUAUCCUUUUCAAACGCCAAGAAAACAUGUCAAGAUCUCACAGUCUGCAGAGAAUGGCAGAAAUGAUAAGAGGAAGAGAAGGCCAACACCUGGCAAGAAAUGGAGAGUAAAAGUAUCCCGUGAAAACAAAGAUGAAGGACCAGAUGUUGAAAUUUCAAGUUAUGAAGAUGAAAAGGAUGAUGAAGAUAUGGAUGAUGAAGGACCGCCAUUUGUGAUGCUUGAAGGUGGAUUAAAAAUUCCAGAGACAAUUUUUGACAAACUUUUCGACUAUCAAAAGGUUGGAGUGCAGUGGUUAUGGGAACUUCACUGUCAAAAAGCUGGUGGGAUUAUUGGAGAUGAGAUGGGUCUUGGUAAAACUGUGCAGGUUUUAGCUUUUCUUGGAUCAUUACAUUUCAGUAAUGCCUACAAGCCAAGCAUCAUUGUAUGCCCUCUCACUCUACUGCAGCAAUGGAAGAGGGAAGCUAAAAAAUGGUAUCCAAGCUUUCAUGUGGAGAUAUUACAUGAUUCAGUUAAUGACUUUCAUGACAAGAAGAAGGGAUCCAAAUCUCAUGAAAGUGAUUCUGAAAGUGAAGAAUUACUUGAUGUUGAUGUUGAAAAAAACUUGUCUUUCAGGAAUACCAAAAAAUGGGAUAAAUUGAUAAAUCAUGUUUUAGGGUCAGAUUCUGGUUUGCUGAUCACCACUUAUGAGCAACUGAGGCUUCUGGGAGAGAAAUUACUUGAUAUAGAGUGGGGUUAUGCUGUGUUAGAUGAAGGUCAUCGGAUUCGGAAUCCAAAUACAGAUGUAACUCUUGUUUGCAAGCAGUUGCAGACAGUUCAUCGCAUCAUAAUGACUGGUUCUCCUAUUCAGAAUAAGCUUUCUGAGUUGUGGUCUUUGUUUGACUUUGUCUUCCCUGGAAAGUUGGGAGUCCUACCUGUAUUUGAGGCAGAAUUUGCAGUUCCCAUAUCUAUUGGUGGCUAUGCUAAUGCAACACCAUUGCAAGUUUCCACUGCCUACAGAUGUGCUGUUGUCUUGCGUGAUUUGAUCAUGCCAUAUCUCCUGCGGCGAAUGAAGGCUGAUGUAAAUGCUCAGCUUCCUAAGAAGACUGAACAUGUCAUUUUCUGUAGCCUUACUUCAGUGCAGCGAUCGAUUUACCAAGCGUUUCUCGCUAGUACUGACGUUGAACAAAUAUUUGAUGGGAGCAAAAACGCUCUGUAUGGAAUUGACGUGAUGCGUAAAAUUUGUAAUCAUCCUGAUCUUCUAGAGAGGGAACAUUCUUGUAGAGAUCCUGACUAUGGAAACCCUGAGCGCAGUGGAAAAAUGAAAGUUGUUGCUGAAGUGCUUAAGUUAUGGAAGGAUCAGGGUCACCGCGUGCUCUUUUUUAGUCAGACACAACAGAUGCUUGAUAUUCUUGAAAAUUUUCUAGUUACUGGAGGCUACAAGUAUAGGCGAAUGGAUGGUGCCACUCCCGUUAAACAAAGAAUGGCUUUGAUAGAUGAAUUUAACAAUACAGUUGAAAUUUUCAUCUUCAUUUUGACAACGAGAGUUGGCGGUCUUGGAACAAAUUUAACUGGUGCCAACAGAGUCAUUAUAUUUGAUCCUGACUGGAACCCAUCAAAUGAUAUGCAGGCAAGGGAGCGUGCUUGGCGUAUUGGUCAGAAAAAAGAUGUGACUGUUUACAGGUUGAUUACCCGUGGAACAAUAGAAGAGAAGGUGUAUCACCGACAGAUUUACAAGCACUCACUUACAAACAAAAUCUUGAAGAACCCACAGCAGCGACGACUUUUCAAAGCUCGUGAUUUGAAAGAUCUCUUUGUAUUGAAUGAUGAUGGGGAGAAUGGUUCUACAGAAUCAUCAAGUAUUUUCAGCCAGUUAAGUGAGGAUGUAAAUAUUACUGGGCCUCAACACCCUGAUCAAGAAAAAGAUAAAUCUAUUAAAACAAAUCCAGCUGAUCAUGGCACUGCCAUGGAAAGAGAUAAUAACUCAGGAAGCAAUGGUGAAGAGAAAGCUGAUAACAACAAUGGUGAUGUAGAUGAAGACACUAGUAUCUUGCGGACUCUUUUUGAUGCCCAUGGCAUUCAUAGUGCCAUGGAUCAUGAUGCUAUUGUGAAUGCUCAUGAUGAAGAGAAAUUGAAGCUAGAGGAACAAGCCUCCCGAGUUGCACAGAGAGCUGCAGAAGCAUUGCGCCAGUCACGAAUGCUUCGGAGCCAAGAAAGUGUAGCUAUCCCAACCUGGACUGGCAGAUCUGGAACUGCAGGAGCACCUCCGUCUAUCAAAAAGAAAUUUGGUUCUACUUUGAACCCUCAAUUGGUAACUAGUUCAAAGCCUUUGGAAGAGUCGUCCAUGAUAAGCAGCAGGCGAAAUGGAAUUGCUGCUGGGGCAUCUGCUGGUAAAGCACUAUCUUCAGCUGAGUUACUGGCUAAGAUUAGAGGAAACCAAGAAAGAGCUAUAAGCGAUGGGCUAGAGCAUCAGCAUCAGUUUAAUUCGGGUUCAAGCUCUAACAGCAGGACAAGAGCUGCUGAGAAUGGGGCUUCCAGGCCAUCUCACGGGUCAGCAGGGAUGCAGCCAGAAGUGUUGAUCCGACAGGUUUGUACAUUUAUACAACGGAAAGGUGGAAGCACCAGUUCGGCAAGCAUAGUUGAGCAUUUUAGAAGCAGGGUACCAUCAAAAGAUUUGGCAUUGUUCAAGAAUCUUUUGAAGGAGAUAGCAACUUUGAAGAAAAACCCAAACGGAUCAUUCUGGAUUCUUAAACCAGAAUAUCAGGAAGAGUAGUAACUGUAAGUACCACUGCAUCAGCCUUCUGAGACUUCGGUAAUGACUUCUCAAAUCUCAAUGCUUGCUUUAGAUAGAUACUAUGCAAAUAUAAAAAAGUCGGUUUUGGUGUACAUAGUCAGAUGUUGUAGAUGAUGUUUUCAUAUUCCUCUCAGUUAAUUAUUAUUCCUGCUUGGAUUUUGUAACUGUUCUCAAAAUUUUGGUUGCCCAAUCCAAUCCAUUCGUUCUUCUGGCUUGUUGCAAUUUGAUUUAAUUUCGCCUUUUCUUUUCGGGCUUCACUAUAAUUGUAAAUUUAUAUUCUGGAAGUUGGCCACAUGGUCAGCAGCUCUCGAGACAGACUGACUA